ACGGCCAGGCCCCGGAGGGGGGGAGGGGCUUGUAGUCCGGAAGUGGUGUGUGGGUGAAAAGAACUACAACUCCCACGCUGCCCCGCGCGGCGGCGUCCAUAGCAACGGGCGAGCGGGCCGGGCGCCAUGGGGCAGGAUUACUACGCGGUGCUGGAGCUCCGCCGCAGCGCCAGGGACGCCGACAUCAAACAAGCCUACCGGAAACUAGCCUUGAAGAACCAUCCUUUAAAAAAUAAAGAACCUUGGGCGCUGGAUAAAUUCAGGCAGCUCGCAGAAGCGUAUGAAGUGUUAAGUGAUCCUGUGAAGAAGGGCAUCUAUGAUAAAUUUGGAGAAGAGGGUCUCAAAGGCGGGAUCCCCCUGGAAUUUGGGAGUGAAAACCCCUGGUCUGUUGGCUAUGUGUUUCACGGCAAUGCUGAUAAAGUCUUCAAGGAGUUCUUUGGAGGCGAUAAUCCCUUUGCUGAGUUCUUUGCCCCAGAUGGGUCUGAGGUGAACAUGGCAUUCGGGGGGCUGCGGGGAAAAGGGGUGGCGAAGCAGGACCCGCCAAUUGAGCGAGAUCUCUACCUGUCACUGGAGGACCUGUUCUACGGAUGCACCAAGAAAAUUAAGAUUUCUCGCAGGGUGAUGAAUGAAGACGGUCACACGUCCACCAUCAGAGAUAAGAUCUUAACAAUCGACGUGCAGCCCGGGUGGAAGCAGGGCACCAGGAUUACCUUUCAAAAAGAAGGCGACCAGGGCCCGAACAUUAUCCCAGCUGAUAUUAUCUUCAUUGUACGAGAGAAACUCCACCCAAGGUUUAAAAGGGAGGAUGAUGACCUGCUCUAUGUAGCCACCAUCCCCCUAGGGAAGGCUUUGAUUGGCUGUACAGUGGAUGUGAGAACCCUAGAUGACAGACUGCUUAAUAUUCCCAUCAAUGACAUAGUCCACCCCAAGUACUUCAAAAUCGUGCCAGGGGAAGGGAUGCCUCUGCCUAGUGACCCCACGCGCAAAGGGGAUCUCGUCAUGUAUUUUGAUGUCCGCUUCCCCGAAAGGCUCACACCGGCCAAGAAGCAGCUCCUGAGACAAGCACUCCUGACUUAAGCAUGCUGUGACUUCAGCUCCAUGGGACCCAGGGGAAUAAAGCUUUCUAGCUAUUUGUACAGAUUGUGUCACUGGGUGUAUGUUAUUGGUGUUAGAGAUGGCUCCCCCACUGCAUGGUGUCUUUGAAACAGUCUCUGUAAUGACUGCAGUGAAGGGCAAUGAAAGAAUCAGCUGGGAUUAUUGACUGACCUGAGAUCUGUACUGGUUAAAGCUCAGCAUGGAACCCUGCUGUCCUGGCCCCAUUACAUUCCUCCCUGCAGUUCAGCUGGAGGCUGAUGUUCCUCAUUUCCAGCAGUUUGUAGCAACACUGUGCUCUGCCACAGAGCUGCCCUGUUCCACCCUCCAGGUGGCUGCAGUGCCAGAGGCAAUGGGGAAAGCCUGUGGGGAUGAAA